CACACAAAACUCGAGUUAGCCUAAUUCAGAUUGAAUUUUGAGCCUAAUAUCACGUUCGGUAAUUCAAACUCAGACUCAAAACUCGAGUUUGAACUCGAGUAAUAAAACAUCAACUACCCCCUGAUAUUCCUUUAACUCGAGUCUGUCUUCUACAGUGCAGAUUCUCUGCGCAUACCUGCUUUUCACAUGCCUUGUUACCGUUGCUUGCCAUUCAUUGUCGUUUCCAAGGUUUGCUGCUUGGCUCACGAGAAAGGGCCCCUCUCCGGUUCUCGCCCUUCGCUUCCCUCAUCUCCCAUCUGCUACAGUUGCGCCUCCGUGAACCCCAAGGCCGCGUGCAGUCUGCGAUGCUAUUUUGAUCCAGUGGGUUUGUGCAAAUCGAUGGCCGCGUGAGUUCCUCCUUCCUCGUGCCCCCAUAAAUCCCUCAAUACUCACCCAUUUCCUGAUUGUGCGCCCAACACGAAACCCUAUUUUCCAUCUUCUUCAAUUUUCAAAUCGGACAAAAUUGGUCCGCCGAGCGUGAAGUCCUACAGUCCACUGGCAGUAUUGUUGAGUCGAUGUAGUGUGCAACGUCGUUUCCGAGUGCGUAGGAGUUGUCUCCGGUACCGGUCUUCCCGUCUUCGUUACCGUCGGCGAACUUGGCUGCCAGAACCGUCGGACUCACGGUUGGGGGUUAUCGAAGCAGAGCAUCAGCACUCCUCUGUCGGCUCAAACACGAUGCCAAGAGGGGGCAAUGAUGAGGACACGACUCUUCAUUGGAAUCAAAAGCAGAAGGAGGAGUUGUUGCAACUCCUAGCAGAGUAUAACCGUAACUACCAUGGUCGGAAACCGGUCCAGAAAAAUUGGGAAGAUUGGGCUACUAAGCUACAAAAACAUUUUAAGGAUCCAGUUACGGCGGCCAAGGUUCAACAGAUGCGAGUGCGUCUAAAAGGCAAGUUUGAUAAGGAGGUUAUACUACGUACAACCACAGGCCUUGGUUGGGAUCCUGUGACAGGCGCAGUGACUUGUACGGACGAGUAUUGGGAAGAUUUUGCUAAGAUUUGGCGAACAGGUUGUAAUGUGGAACGGAGGGCCUUCGAACGCGUCGCCUGACAACACAAUAGACGAUGACUCAGAUGAUGACUAUGAGACAGCAGGUGUCGCGGCUAUGCUCUGGUAUUACCAAACCUACGUUGAGAGACCCCCGCCUCAACCUAAGCACACCUCCGCGUUCACAGGUAUUAUGCGUGUUGAUUACUUGCUUGAUGGUCAUGAGGACGUAAUUCGGAAUAAGAUUAGGAUGGGCAGUGACUGUUUUAAGCGACUGAGUUCACUCUUAGAACUUAAGGGAUAUCUGAGACCCACUAGGAAUAUGAACGUGGACGAGCAGCUUUUUAUCUUUCUAUACAUUGUGUCCCAAAGCCAAAGCAAUAGGGAAUCGCAGGAUCAAUGGCAGCAUUCUGGAUCCACAAUUUCCAAAUACUUCGAGGCUGUAUUGGCGGCAAUAUAUAACCUGCGGCAUGAUUUCAUAACACCCCCGAAUUUUAACAUUAUUGAUCCAAUCAUUGCUGCGAGUGGAAGCAAGUAUUUGCCAUGGUUUAAGAAUUGUGUUGGAGCUCUCGACGGGACUCACGUCCCUUGUGUUCCACCAUCAGGUAACCCCGAAGUAUGGAGGAAUAGGAAGGGUUUUUACUCCCAAAAUGUGUUAGGGGUAUGUUCAUUUGACAUGAAGUUUACCUACAUAUUAGCUGGAUGGGAGGGAUCGGCACAUGAUGCGCGCGUUCUUUCAUCCGUAGUGGGGGUACGAGAAAAAAAGUUCCCAACUCCACCGCCCGGUAAAUACUACCUUGUAGACUCUGGCUACGCGAACAACGAUUGUUUCUUGGCGCCGUACCGGGGGAGCACAUAUCACCUUCAAGAGUAUAGGGCAAGACGUGGGCGUCCUCGAACUCAGCGUGAGUUGUUCAAUUACACGCAUUCGUCCCUAAGAAAUGCUAUUGAGCGCACUUUUGGUGUUUGGAAAGCAAGGUUCCGCAUACUCAAGUGCAUAAAUAAUUACCCAAUAGAGAAACAGAUACAAAUUCCUAUUGCUUGUGCUGUGCUUCACAAUUUCAUACAUAUGUACAACAAUAACGAUGAGCUACUGCACCAGUACACACGAGACGGAGUUCCAGUUUUUGAAAUUGAUCCAGAAAAUGCAGAUCAAGAUGUUAAUCAGAAUCACAAUCCUGAUCGCGGAACGGAACAAAAUCAGAACUCCGCACAUCGUAGACAAAUGAAUAUUUUGAGGGACGAGAUGGCAGCUAGCAUGUGGGCGGCAUUGGAAGCAUAUCGCAAUCGGUAGUUACAUAUUUGUUCCGCAAUUUUGACUACCGUAUUUAUUUUACAAUACGUUGUAAUGAACUUAUGGACGUUUCUGUUAUUUAUGUAUAUAGGUGUAUUAAUGUGUAGUCAAAAAAUCCAUGUCAAUACUUGCAAAAUUUUAGAGUUAUGUUUUUGUCAAAGUGAACAUAAAACUCAAGUUCACAUCUCACAAAUCAUCCAAGUGAACACACAAUUCAAGUUUCAAACACAAUUCCAAUUAAACUCACUUUUUUAACUCCAAUCUUGAAUUUGGAGUUAUU